AGGAGGGUAACCAUCCCAGACCCAAUCCCCCCACACAGGGAGUGGGUCAGCUGGAAGCCCUGCAGGCAGUCACAGCUCUCAAUUUCCUUCCUUACAGGGUCUAACACGGAGUCAACCAGCUCUGCACCUUCUGUGUAGUGCCCCUUGGCCCAGUUGUUCCCAGUCCCACUCUGACCAAAGAGUAAGUUAUCAGGUCUGAAGAUCUGCCCAAAGGGCCCUGAACACACUGAGUCCAUGGUGCCGGGCUCUAAGUCCAUGAGCACAGUGUCAGGCACAUAUUUGCCACCAGUACAGGUUGUACUGUACUUGUAGUACAGGUUGAUGCACUCCAGCUGGAGGUUGCUAUCUCCAUGGUACGUAACAGUGGGAUCAAUGCCAUGCUAGUCACUGAUUACCUACCAGAACUUGGCACCAAUCUGGUUGUCACACUGCCCAGCCUACAGGUGCAUGAUCUCCCUCAUAGCGGCGGUCACUGUAGAGCUGUUGUAGAAGAGGAACACUUAGGGAGGAGCAGGAGCACAGAGUCAAGUCAAUAUUUUAUCUUCUGACCUACCAUCUAUGUAAAUCAUUAGUUCUCUUUUUAUGAACUUUGGAUAAUUGUUUUAUAACCUCUUUGAAUGUGCUUUGAGUAGGAGAAAGUCUGGUUACUAUGUAAGAGCAAUUAACUGCUGACACAUCAGAGACUGAGAGAGGUCUUAUUGCAAUUUUGACUAUCAGAAAAGGUCCUAAUAGCAGUUCCACAAUAAAAGAGCUUAAUAAUCACUGAUAUAAUUUUAGGAAAUCUUAUAGGAUCAUCACUAAGACUUAAGUCAUCUAUUUGUCUACAUACCGUCACUAUAGUGGAGUAUAACCACAUAGAUUUGCAGACAUCUAAAAAAGACAGGCUAAUACCCAGGGACUAUUAUAUAUUUAAUAAUAAGAUGAAAAGCAUAUCAAUAACAGGAAAAAUUCCUAAAAUGAAAUCUCUUAAGUCCUUGUCGACAGGAGUAAGUCUGUCACAGAUUAAUCCGAAGCAGACUAUGUCAGGAAAAUCACCUGCUAGUUAUUAGCUUGUCCUAUUGUGGCUCCUUUCAGGCCCCAAGAACACACAUUGACACCAAUGUUUCCAAGGUGGCUAAUGUGGCAACACCCAUUCGUAGCAUCCCAGGUAAGGAAAAGAAAGUCAAAGGGAGCUUCCCAAAGUCAUUUUGAGAAACUUCACUUGCCACACAUUGGCCACAUGGCAGUGACUCUCAGAGAAGCCUAUGGGAGACAGCUGUGGGUUUGGUCAUGACUGCUAUUAUCCAGCCUUUCAUUGGCUAGAGUUAGGCUCGUUGCAGCUCAAAGUAGAGUAGGAUUCCCCUUAGGAAAGGAAGGGUCAAACAACAAGCAGGGAAUAGGCUGGACACACAUCCAAUCUUGCUUUCAAUUCCAGGUGAGCUGAGCACCAGCAUCUACCUCUCUUUCUGCUUCAUGACUGUGGCUGUGACAGCUGCCUCAUACACCACCACCACUGCAUUUCUCUAUGGUAGACUGUGUGCCCUCAAACCAUGAACCAGAACAAACAAUUGUUUAAGCUACUUUUUUCAGACAUUUUGUCAUAUCAGUAAGAAGAGAAAACUGAAGAGACACUGAAAAAGAACUGGACCCAAUCCAGUUACCCCUCCCAGAUAUUUUCUAGCUCUUGGUAUCAGUCAAAUCCACCAACAAUAUAUUUUGGGCUAUUUUACCCAACUUCAAACAAAUAUAUUCUAAACACAGAAUAGUUAGGGCCAUUGCCAAUUAGGAUCUGUGUUCUUCAUGUCUCUCCUCAUCCUUUGAUAAGAGUACAUAAAUGAGCACAUAAUAUUAUAUUUAUAAGACUUGAGUUAGUUUGAACUUCCCCACUUUAAAUUUACCAUUAAUCUGCAGUAAGGACAAUCUUCCCUUUCCUUUAUAAUUCCUUAGGGAGUCAGAGGAAGUAGACAAGCUCCCUCCUGAAUCACCAGUAAUGAGGCACUUUGGGGGUUCUCUCACUUCUAGACAUCAUAAAACAAACAAAAUGCAUGAAAUGAAAAUAUGUUCCAGCCUGAAAGGAAGGCAAAUUAUUCUUCCAGGAGCCCAUGUACAGCACCCUUAAUACAGAGCAGUGAGAACACAAGGGGCUGGCACCAACACAGAGGUAGCCGUUGUUGGUUAGUUUUGCUUUAAUUGCUCAAGGGUUCAUGGUACUUGCUCUCAUGCCUGGGAACAGCCAACAGUGAAGAAGGAGCCUGAGCCUCUGGAAGAUGUCCAAAUGGGGAGAGAAUGAGACUAGAGCCAGUGGGUUUCUCCUUCUUGGCAUCACCAAUGACCCACAACAGCAACAAAUUCUCUUCUGGGCUUUCCUGUGCAUGUACCUGGUCACGGUGGCUGGGAACACACUCAUCUUCCUGGCCAUCAGCUCUGACCCGCGCUUGCACACCCCCAUGUACUUCUUCCUUGCCAACCUUUCCUUUGUUGAUGUCUGCUUCACCACCAAUCUCAUUCCCAGGCUCUUGGCUAGCCACGUGUCUGGAACGGAGAUCAUCUCUUAUGCCCAUUGCCUCACUCAGAUGUACUUUCUAAUUUCCUUUGCCAAUGUGGACACCUUUCUCCUCGCUGCCAUGGCACUGGACAGAUUCGUGGCCAUCUGCUACCCACUACAGUACCACACUAUCAUAACACCCCAGCUCUGUGUGGGACUGGCAGCUGUUGUGUGGAUAUGCUCUGGGCUCAUAUCUCUGGUGCACACACUCCUCAUGAACAGACUGACCUUCUGCUCCUCCAUUCCAGAGAUCUCUCACUUCUACUGUGAUGCUUACCUGCUCAUGAAGUUGGCCUGUUCAGACACACGGAUCAAUCAACUUGUCUUCCUGGGAGCCGUGGUCCUCUUUGUGGCCCCCUGUAUUCUCAUUGUGUUUUCUUAUGUCCGAAUCGCUAUGGCAGUCUUUCAGAUACCUUCUGCCAAGGGCAGGCACAAGGCAUUUUCCACGUGUAGCUCCCACUUAACUGUGGUCAUUUUGUUCUAUGGGACAGUUCUGGGGAUCUACAUACGACCUCCAGACUCCUUCUCCACCCAGGACACAGUAGCCACCAUCAUGUACACUGUGGUUACCCCCAUGCUGAACCCCUUCAUUUACAGCCUGAGGAACAAGGACAUGAAGCAGACAGUGACAAGGCUCUUCAACAGAGGCUCACAGUCCUCAUAGCAUAAACAUAUCAGCUUGGUUCCAGGAUGUCUCAGAUUGAAAGACAUGGGGUCUGACCUUGAAUGUCACCUGUACUAUCUCCUCAGUCAUUCAGCCACUGAGACAAUUUUUUGAAAAGAAAGAACAUCCAGAAAUUAAAAUAGAAUAUCACUAUGAUUAGGGGAGACACUUGAAUCUCAGUUCCGGGGAACAGAAAACCCUUAAUAUACUUAGUUAAACUAAACAAGAGUUUAUGAGUAUCAUUAUUUCCAUAAUGACAAAUCCAGCGUAGAAAAUGCAAAGCAAGAAAUGAGGUUCCAUCCAGUCCUCUCCCACAUGGUCCCUGCUGUGGGCCUGCCCUAGUGGGUUCUUCCCUCUUGUCAGUUCUUCUUGAGGCAGUGGAGGCAUAAGAGUGUCAUGGAAAGUUAAGACUAUGUCUUAUGAAAUAAUAGGUGUGGUGUAUAAUAAUAAAAAGUUUACUUGCGUCUAAGUUACUAUGAUACUGAUCUGCCUUCUGUGACACUGUGAGGCCAGAAACUGCAGUCUCUGGCACUUAGAAUUUCAUCUUAAAACAACAGGAGAUUAAGUAAAGAAUUAAUUGCUAGAGGCUUCUCCCUUUUGUCCAGAUGCCUCUGGAUUUUCCGGCUAAGGGGGAAAUUUGGAGCAAUAAAUUUCUAUUGAACCAAUAGAAGAGAAUAGCACGUACAGAACGAAAAACUUUUACAUAGGCAAAUAUGCAUAAACU